CUCCACGAGGAUUAAUAAUGUGUAUUUAUUUUAGUCAAGACUAAUAAUUACACUGAUUUUUAGUUGUUUUGUGUUUAUCCAGAAAAAUGCCUCGUGAAAUAAUCACGCUACAAGUUGGACAAUGUGGUAACCAAAUUGGGAUGGAAUUUUGGAAACAAUUGUGUGCAGAACAUGGUAUCAGUGAAGAGGGCAUUUUAGAAGACUUUGCAACUGAUGGAACAGAUAGGAAGGAUGUCUUCUUUUAUCAGGCUGAUGAUGAACAUUAUAUACCCAGAGCUGUAUUGUUGGACUUGGAACCAAGGGUUAUUGAUUCCAUACUAACAUCACCGUUUGCCAACUUAUACAAUCCUGAAAAUGUUUACACUUCAAAAGACGGUGGUGGAGCUGGAAAUAAUUGGGGACAUGGAUUUGCACAGGCUGAAAGUCUUCACGAAGAGCUCUUUGACAUUAUUGACAGAGAGGCGGAUGGAAGUGAUAGCUUAGAGGGAUUCGUUUUGUGUCAUUCCAUUGCUGGUGGUACUGGUUCAGGGAUGGGGUCCUACAUGCUGGAGAGGAUAAACGACAGGUACCCUAAAAAAUUGAUUCAAACAUAUUCAGUUUUUCCACAGCAGGAUGACAUAAGCGACGUAGUAGUUCAGCCUUACAACUCUAUUUUAACAAUGAAGCGCUUGACACAAAAUGCUGAUUGUGUUAAUGUGCUUGACAAUACAGCACUAAACAGAAUUGCAGCUGAUCGCCUUCACAUACCGAAUCCAACAUUUUCACAAGUCAAUCAGUUGGUUUCAACAAUAAUGGCGACAAGCACCACAACUUUAAGAUAUCCAGGGUACAUGAACAAUGAUUUAAUUGGUUUGAUCGCUUCUCUUAUACCAACGUCAAGACUGCACUUUCUUAUGACAGGAUACACACCAUUAACAACCGAUCAAAAGACGACGAGUGUUCGAAAGACAACUGUUUUGGAUGUAAUGAGACGUUUACUACAACCGAAGAAUAUGAUGGUUGCUACGCCUCGUGAUCGCAAGAUCAAUCAUUGUUACAUCUCUAUUUUAAACAUCAUUCAAGGGGAAGUAGAUCCCACUCAGGUGCACAAAAGUUUACAACGAAUUAGAGAACGAAAACUCGCCGAAUUUAUUCCCUGGGGUCCUGCGAGCAUUCAGGUUGCGCUUAGCCGAAAAUCACCGUACGUUCAAACUGCGCAUCGUGUUAGCGGUCUAAUGUUGGCCAAUCACACAAGUAUCUCCUCGGUUUUCGACAGGAACUGUCGUUUAUUUGAUAAACUUCGAAAGCGUGGCGCAUUCCUGGACCAGUAUAAAAAAGUGGAGAUGUUCAAAGACAGUUUGGACGAACUAGAUGACGCAAGGGAAGUUGUUCAGGAGUUAAUAAAUGAAUACCACGCGGCUACCAAGCCUGAUUAUAUAACCUGGGGUACGCAGUCACAGAGCGAUUCGUGAAAAUUACGAGAAGGUUUCAAAAUAAUUCACGGAUGGUAGUUGUGUUGCAAUGGAAGUAUAAUUUACAAUCUUAGUUCCUAAGCUCCUAGGCUUUGGGCUGCUUUCCAUUGAAGCGUUCAUGACCGUAGCUUCCAAUGUUCAAACAACAAUGCUCAAUAUGAUCAAUUCCCAAUUUGAAUUAAAGAUGUCAGCGUUUUCUGAAUUUUUAUUGCAUAUUAAAGAAAGUUGUACGUCUGUAAAAGCGUUAAAAUUUACUCGUGUUAACCUACAUAGCUGCUAAAAUACAUGCGUCGCUACCAAAAAGAAUUAUCGCACAAGCCCAGAUACUAAACGUUGGAAGCUGCUACAAAGAACGCCUUAAUUGAAAGUUCUUCUAAGUUGUUCUAUUUCCAGCUAGAAUUUACUCAAUUCUAAAUCAUAAAUAAUACUUCAUAUCAAAAUUUUCUAUCUGCUGAUGCUCACAAGUGAAUUUGGUGAUGGGAUAAAAAACGUUAUUCGAUACUUGUAUAUAUGUAUACUUUUGUACGUGUAAAUUCUAUUUACAAAGACAAGACAAAGAAAUGUCAUUUGGA